AUGCGCUGGGUGUUUUAUUCAGAUGCGGAGUGUGAAGUUCUUGUGCAAUGUUACAUCGAUAUUAGCAUCGAUUCAGUUGUUGGAAACGAGCAAAAGAUGGACAAAAUGUGGAAACGCAUUGCGAAAGCCUACAAUGAAAAUCGUCCUGCCAACACUCCAAGCAGAAAGUUUAAACAGUUGAAGGCUCAUUUCUACAAGAUGCACAAACAGGUGAAAUGGUUUUCUGAAUGUUACAAUAGGAUUGCAAGCAUCUGGAAGAGCAGUGCAAAUGAUGCUGAUAUUAUGGAGAUGGCACAAACAGAAUACAAGCAUCAUCACGGUACAAAAGGUUUUAAAUAUGUUGGAGUUUGGAGACUUUUGAAAGAAGUUCCCAAGUUUGCCGAGGUGCAAGGAAAUGUUCAAGCAUCCAAGAGAACCAAAAAUACAGAAGGAGGAGCCUACACAUCAUCUUCUACAGCUGAAGAAACUCUCACGAGUCGCCCAAUGGGGCAUAAAGCGGCAAAGAGAAAGGUGAAGGGGAAGGGGAAAAAAGAUUACAUCGAUGCACUGCAUGAAGUUGCAAAAGAGCAUGAAACUAAUGCAGCAAAAUACCUACGUAUAAUGGAAGAAAAUACGCUUAUAAAAAACAUGAACAACUUCUAA